AUGGAGGGCGCCGUGUCGUCUGACCCAGCUUCAGAAAUCAGCUCUGAGACAAUCGAACUUACGACUCUGGACGGAACGACGGAAACCGAUGACCAGAAGAGCGCCAAACCACUUGUCUACGAGCUCGCCGAUGACUCGGACGGUGACUCUGACGAUGAGGGGGAAGGCAAUCGUGCUCUGUUAGGUUCUCUCAGGGAGGAACGGGUGUUUGUAGGGCACACGAGUAGAUGGGCUCAGGUGAAGAGCCUUGUCAUAGAGACCUCACCCACCCUUCUUAUAACUACUCUGGGACUGUUAUUUACGGGUGAAAUAUUGACCAAUGUCUCUCAUUGGAAAGCCAUGUCCCGCGUGGAUGAGCUGAUCAUGAUCAUCCCGGUUGUACUCAACCUGAAGGGAAACCUUGAGAUGAACCUUUCAGCCCGUCUGGGUACCGCUGCGAACAUGGGAGAGCUCGACGAGCCAUCAAGACGUAAAUCAAUCAUUCUUGGAAACUUGACGCUGCUACAGGUGCAGGCGACCGUCGUAUCCUUCGUCGCAGCGUGUGUCGCCUUCCUUCUAGGUCGUAUCAUACCCCGACCAGCUGGGGAGGAAGCAGUUUCGGCGGUCCUUUCUGGCAACAUUACUAGCUCGAUAGUGGCUAGGACUGUGGGUGCGAGAACACCACGGCCAAUCUUUCCAGGUGGCUCGCCAACGUCCGGCCUUUCAGAAUUCGCGAUGGUCGCGUCUGCUGCCAUGACAUCUACUUGCUUGUCCGGCUGUGUGCUUGGGUCGUUCAUGUGCACCCUAGUUGUGUUGUGUCGGCGAUUCGGGCUCGACCCAGAUAAUAUCGCACCGCCCGUUGCUGCCUGUCUCGGUGAUCUUGUCACGUUGACGAUCUUGGGUGUCGUUUCUGCGUUACACCUUUUAAUUAUUGACACGGUUAUCCCGCUUAUCAUCAUAAUAUUCCUCGUUGCGGCGGCUGUCGGCUGGACGGUCCUAACGCGCCGCAAUGAACACGUCCAGCAUCUGCUCACAGAAGGUUGGAUGCCCUUGUUCAUCGCCAUGAUCAUCAGCAGUGGGACAGGCCUAGUCCUGGACACGUUCGUCGGCCAAUACACUGGCUACGCCCUUGUUGCAGUUGUUGUCACAGGCCUUUCUGGAAACGUCGGUUCUGUGUUUAUCUCACGCCUCUCAACGGCACUGCACGCAGCGACGUUCACGCUGCCGACAGUCUUGUCCGACCUGCCAACCCUAGAUCAAGCGGACGAGAAGAGCCCUCACCCCAGCCAACGUAUGGUCAUGAUUACCCUCCUGCUCGUAAGCCUCCCAGUCAACAUCGCAUUCCUCGCGACAGUCUUCGCGUUCGGCUGGCUCCGCCUUUCCUUCCUCUUCAUAGUACUCCAAGUCAUCUUCUUCUGCAUUACAACCGUAAUAUCACUUUUCCUUGCGCAGGUAACGACGAACCUCCUGUGGAAACGCGACCUCGAUCCUGACAUGUAUGCGCUGCCAUUGAACUCCGCGCUGGUAGACCUCGUUGGCCAGCUCCUGCUGGUUUGCUGCUACGAGAUCGCUGCUCUCCUUGGCUCGCAUGUGCGCAGCCACGCAGAGAGCUAA